UGUUAUGACAUCACAAUAGACAUGAUUGACAGGCCYUAUUAUUUUGYGCGCGGCUCCCUUUCAGUCAUUAGUUGUCAUGGUAACAUCAGCCGUCUAUAAUAUUCAUGUGAACUGCGCAGGAAAAGUUUAAACGCUCUCCCUUCGUGGAGCAAAAAUGGUCCGCUACAGCAUGAAGAAGAGAUGACUGUCGCCAACAAUAAUAGACCUACCAUGACAGGCCAGAAUUUCGUCGAUAAUGGAGAAGAAUCGCGGCAAGAUGGCACACGAUUGAGCUCGUACGACAAACUUACCCGUGAUCUGUCCACAAGUGAAAAAUUAAAGCAAGAGGUUGCCCUAGGCAAACGUAUAGGAUUCUACAGAAUUAGAGGAGAGCUUGGAUCUGGUAACUUUUGUCAAGUAAAGAUGGGAAUACAUGCUUUAGCUCGAGAAAAAGUUGCAAUAAAGAUCCUAGACAAAACUAAGCUUGACCAAAAGACACAGCGUUUGCUUUCAAGGGAAAUUUCUGUUAUGGAGAGACUUCACCAUCCAAAUAUUAUUCGCAUUUACGAAGUUAUUGAAACGUUACCUAAAGUUCAUAUUGUCAUGGAAUACGCUGGUGGAGGAGAGCUCUUUACCAAGAUUUCAAAUGAAGGAAAACUGCCUGAAAAGACAGCAAAAAAGAUUUUUUCUCAGAUACAAUCCGCGGUUGAGCAUAUGCACAAUAAAAAUAUCAUCCAUCGGGAUCUCAAAGCCGAAAAUGUUUUCAUUGCUGGGCCAAAUCUAGUGAAAGUUGGAGAUUUUGGAUUUAGUACAACUACUGCCAAAGACAAUCCACUGAACACGUUUUGUGGUUCACCUCCAUACGCUGCACCAGAGCUAUUUCGAGACGAGAAUUAUGUUGGAAUAUACGUAGAUAUUUGGGCAUUAGGUAUUAUGUGUUAUUUUAUGGUGACCGGAGUUAUGCCUUUUAGAGCUGAAACUGUUGGAAAGUUAAAAAAAUGCAUUUUAGACGGUACUUAUUAUUUGCCCGAUUUCCUAAGCGAGCAUUGCCGGGAGCUAAUACGCAACAUCCUCCGGCCAGUGCCUUCCGAUCGCUUGACAAUGGAAGAAAUACGGAGGUCUAAAUGGUUAGAAAGCGAAGUUUUUCCUGAAGCGGACGCUAAAUACAGCCUUUCACCUCCUUUCGAUGGUCAAAAAUGUACAGAGGACGAAAAAGAAGCGCUCAAAAUCUUGGGUGAACUUGGGGUUACGACGGAAGUAAUCGCKAGAGGGCAGGACAGGCGAGAGAGUAUAACAGGGUCAUACAGAAUCAUACUUCAUCGAGUACAAAAAAGAAAAGCAGAACUUGUACGUAAGUCUUCCACAAUGACCACAUUCAGCCAUUACAACAACAGACCAAGAGAUUUAAGACAAUCGAGAAAACAAGAGGUGGAAGAUAGGGACAAACAACAACCAAAAUCGAAAUUUUGUACAAUAUUGUAACAGUCCUUGACACCUAAUUGUAACUGUAGAUUUAACUAYCCCGCAAAUUGGUGAAAAUUCACUUCACACCUCAUUAUAUCUGGCCGCCAUAUAUAUUAUUUGCUUAUGCAAAAUCUGGAUUAGUAGCUACUGAGCAUAUUUCAAGAUCUGUAUCUCGAAAACAAGAAAAAGAAAUAUUUCAAAUUUCCUUCAAUCCAUAUCUAACUCAACUGAAAAAUAUUUAUUGGGAAAUUGUAUAUAGUAAAUGUUUUCUACAAGAUUUACCAUUUUUACAAUUAUGAAUUUUAGAUUUACAUAAGCACUUCAAAUCACAUCCCACUGGUAUUACCACAUUUAAUAUUUACAUAGCAUUUUUAGUUAUUUCACAGAAAGACGCCAAAAAAUCAAUAAGGUUGUGGAGAAAAUGCACAGAAAAUGAUAUUUUGAUAGUAUUAUUUUGUUUUGUUUUUCAUGAAGUCUUAAUAUUUUUAGACCCAAUUGUGUUUAUCACUUAGUUUCCAUGGCAAUCUAUUGAUUUGCGAACAAGGGGCACUCUAAAGUAUUAUCAUAAGAAUGCAUAGACAAAGACCRUCUUUGGAACAUGGUAGACUUUGCAUUGGCCCCAAGUUUCAAUCAUCCAUUAAACCACGCUUAAUUCUCUCACUAUAAUCACAGUUAUCUAGAUAUUGCCAUGGCAACUUUGCGAUAUAAGAAAACUGAAAGAUUAUUCUGCAUGACACAAUAUUGUAAAAUAUAUUUUUGUUAAAGAAAAGUGAUGGAUAAUAAUCAACAAAAUACAAACAAACAGUUUUUAUUUG